CGCCGUCUUGAACAAAACCGGAUUGAGAUACCGUCGACGCAGUCGUUGUGCAACAUUGGCUUCCGUCAGUUACGCUGCUUCUUCUGCUUCUGCCAGGGAACUUCUCACAGCCAAGACGACACCCGCCAGCCGUCUUAUCCAUUAGCCAUCUGGACUUCUGGACUUCUAGGCCUCUCUCCCCGCCCCAGAGACUCUCCCCCCUGCACACAUAGCCCGAUCAUGAUCCACAGCAUACACAACCCCGCCAUUCACAGUAGGUAAAUGUCCUCCGAGGCCUCGCCGGAAAACUGUCCGUGAUACCCCGCUAUCACCGUAUCGUGUCGAAGCAUCCAUGGAAGCUCGUUAUGCCAACUAAGGAAAACGCCCGAAGGUGUCUUCAGGGGAGCUUGCUGACGGUUGUCCCUAAUUAGGGAUGUCAAUGUGCAGCCUUUAGAUCCUCUUGUGCACCCUGCAUUCACAAUUGUUGGAGUUGUGGCGGUUGUACAGAGCGGAUGCAGGAGAGCUUGUGACACGAAUAUAAACUGGGCGGGAUCAACAAACUUUCUUAACAGUGCCCAGAAGCGAGAGACUUUUGUUCAAGACUUGCAUUGAACAGAACGCGUCAUGGUGCUUUCGAUGGUCUCCCACAGCAUCAUCGUCGUGUCUUUUCUCACGUGUCCCCGCAUCUCAGUCCCCCUUGCAACCUCCACGCCAGAGAAAUCCACGCCACGAUGCGAUACGGCUGCCCAGCCUAGACCUUGGCUCGGGUUGAACCUGGUACUUCUCCGAAGUGCUCCGGUCGCCAAUAGGUUUGCUGUACUCUGUACUCCUCCGAGCUGGGCUCUUCACCUCGCUCGCUUGCUCGCUUCCCACCAUCCUCUCCUGCAUACCUGGAAACUCCAUGCAUGUUUAUCCGCGGCUGUGCAUCAAACUCCUGGGCAUCCUGACCCUCCCUGUCUUACCUAGCUUGGCGUCUUAAACACCGGUCAAAAAGGCCAUUAUUCUGGCUCCCGCACACUUUCACAGGUCUCACUUAUCUUGCUUUCUGACUCUUCAUGCACCGUUCAGCCGUCCCAGCCGCCUGCCGUGUGAUCCUGUUAUUGUCUCGUAUCGCUACUUAACCGCAACAUCCCCAAUAGUUCUCUUGGACGGAUGCUCGAACUGUCGUGUGCUAGCUCUCUUCCGCUUCGCUCUCAACUGUGCUUCCUCCAACGCAAUCUGCCAUCAUGACGGGCGCUCUCGCAACUCCACGCUAUAGUAACGACGACUUCGAGACAGCUUCUAUUCGCUCUGCUGCUCCUUCUUAUGUAUCGGAAGCUCCCUCAUACCACUCAACAAAUCCAUACCCUGAGACUCUGCCAUCAUACACCCCUACAGCUCGGUCUCACGCGGUUGCGAGGUCCUCCUUAAUUCCCCAAGGGAGCGGUACCUCAACUCCACGCCAGCAGACUAUCGGCUUGCCUCCAGUACCUGCUCUUCCCCUGCGAUCGCAGCCGAACCUGAACAAUUUUCGUAUCGCGACAUGGUCCUCCGUCUCUAGCAACCCCAACGCCCGACACUACCAGAAUGUCGCGAACCGGCGACUGACUGCUCAGCGAGAUCCCGUAGACAGCCUUCGUCGAGUCAUGACCGAUGUUAGCGAGCAAGAACAAGAGCGGUACAUAACCAGACCGUUAGAAGAUCCCUAUCUGGUUGGCGAGGUGGCUGCCGCCCGUGCUCGCACAGAGCGACUUGCACGAGAGUCAGGGGAUGAUAUUCUUCUGCGAGAGGAUCGCCAGUGGGACUGGUUCUUAGCUCGAAUGAGAGACUCGGAUGAGAGACAGCGGAACUGGACUCCGACAAACCCAUACAGGCGUGAGGUGGAGCCUGGGAGCCGAAAGAAGCUCCUCCGCCGUUUUGGAGGACGACGCUUGCUAUGAUUUUCCCUUCAUCUCUGCAUUUUUAUGUUUUCUUUGCAUCUCUGUUGCGCUGGGUCGCGGUUGUCAUGUCUGUUACGUUGGCUGAAACGACAUUGUCGCAUUCUCAUGGCGUUUUGAUGAUCUAGAUUGGGUUGUCGGGAUAAGGCAUGGCAUGCGAGUUGGGGGUUCUCAAAUUGUCAACUGCACUCCGAUCGAUGGAUGACAUGAAACGGUCGCCGUGAGCAUAUUCUUCUCUUUCGUCGCUCGUUCUCGAACAUAGGGUCGCAUAGGGCUUGGUGAACCUGGGCUGGUAUUAGGUAGCUCACCCCUCAAAUGAAAUGAAACAUUGAAACUAUCUUGAGACGUAUAGUGCCAACAUGUUGGAGAAAUCGUGUCAGCAUAAA